GCAGCGCCUCCGCCCGCCGUCCGGCUCCCUGAGCGGCCUUUCCGCCCCGCCGCGUCCCUGCUUCUCCCCUCUCAGGUGCGGGCGGAGGCGGUGAGCGGGUGAAGCCCCCGCCCGGCGGCCUCCCCCAUGGUGGGCUUCGGGGCCAACCGGAGGGGCGGCCGUCUGCCUUCCCUCGUCUUCGUGGCGCUGCUGGUGGUGAUCGCCAUCCUCGCCUUCAACUGCUGGAACGCCUCGUCCCGCCAGGCCCUGCUGCAGGAGGAGGUGGCGGAGCUGCAGAGCCAGGCCAAGCGCACCGAGGUGGCCCGGGGGCGCCUGGAGAAGAGGAACUCGGACCUGAUGGGCAAGGUCGACUCCCACAAGAAGCAGCUGGAGCAGAAGGAGGCCGACUACAGCCACCUGAGCAGCCAGCUGCAGGCCAGGGACGGCCAGGUGAAGAAGUGCGAGGACAGCAAGAUUAAGCUGCAGAACAACAUAUCGUAUCAAAUGGCAGACAUACAUCGUUUAAAGGAACAACUAGCAGAAUUACGUCAGGAAUUCAUUCGACAGGAAGAUCAGCUUCACGAGUACAAGAAGAACAAUACUUACCUUACAAGGAGAUUGGAAUAUGAUAGUCUACAGUGUGGGCAGCAGAUCAAGGAAAUGAGACUGCAACAUGAAGAAAACAUAAAGAAAUUAAUGGAUCAAGUUGUGCAGGAACAAAAGGCCACACAAAAAAUUCAGUCCAGCAAAGACACUGAAGUAAGUCCCCAUAAUGAUGACCAGGCAAUAUCUAAGACUGUUCCAGAGGCAGUAGAUAAAAACACAGUAAAGAAUGAGCAGCCAUCAGAUCGUGUUGUAAAUGGCAAAGAGAAAAUCAAACCAGGAGGAGAUGCAGGCAUGCCUGAAAUAGAAGAUAAUGACCCUGCUAAAGCUGAAGAUACUCCCACUGCUUUAAAGAAGCCACUUAUUUCAGCUCCUAAAAGUGAAGGUCAUCAACCUGUUAUAAAUCUUCCAACUGAACAGCCCCAUGCUCCAAAUCUGGCACCAGGUUUGCACAGCGACAAUGAUGGAAAUCCUGAUACUGUGAAGCAGAUACCUCCAAAUUCUCUCCAGCACUUAAAUUUUGAAGAAAAUGUGGAAAAUCAGAAAGAACACAAAAUUGAGACAGACCAUAUAAAAAUUCCAAAGAGCAGAGUUAGUGACUUGCAGAAGAUGAAGCAAAGCCGAUUCUUUGAUGAGAAUGAAUCCCCUGUUGAUCCGCAGCAGGGUUCUAAACUGGCAGAUUAUAAUGGGGAUGAUGGUAACGUGGGUGAGUAUGAGGCAGACAAACAGGCUGAGCUGGCUUACAAUGAGGAAGAGGAUGGUGAUGGUGGAGAAGAAGACGUCCAAGGCAUAAUGGAUUUAAUAUCUGGGAGUAAAGACAAAAGAGUGACUUCUGGAAGCCUUUUCAUGAAGAACAGUCUGAGCAGUGUAUGUUACUACCUCAGACUUAUUUUUCCAAGCCCUUUGUUAUGUGGUUUCCUAAUAACUUGUUGACUUGAUUUGAUACAAGUCAAGCAGCAUGGCAAGUGGUACUUCCAGAAGUAGCAUUUUAGAAACAGUGUCUGCUUUAGUCUUUACAGUAAUUUGUUUGCAGGGUAUGAGAGGGUAGAAUUGUGGGGUUUUGGAGGGAGAGUGGUUACAAUUGUUUAGGAAGGGGAAAAAAACCCUGAAUUUCUGUCUAAAAACUAUUAGAAAAACAUCACACGGUUUUGCAUCAGGCUAGAACAAAGCACGUGGCUUGUGCAAACAAAGCAAUUUAAUUAAACGUGUUUUUCUGUUGCCACUAGAAAUGUGUGGGCCUUAGACUGAAAUUAUCAGAGGAAAAUACACAACUUUGGGAGAUAUGCUCAUGUGAAUGUCAGUAUCUAAUCUGGCAUUCCUUCUUUCAGUCUACCUGUUUGAAAUGCAAGGUGAUAUUUAAAAGUUGUUGGCUUCUACUAUAGCAAACAUGUUUUUGUGGUGGCUGGAUUAUAUAAAUCAAGUGAUAUCCACAUGCUGUAUUAGUAGUUUCUUACCGAACAAAAGCAUGUGUCAUGUAGAUAAGCUUCAGCCUUUUGCUGUUGGGAGUAUGUUACCAUCAGGUACCAACCUCGCGUGCAGGCUCAUGAGUAAUUGUUGUUAAAGUGUUGAAGAGCUUCAGGCAGCUUAUCAUCUAGUAGAAGACUUAGUAAACUUUAACUUUGCUUUCCAUUCAUGUGAACAAGCAUCUUUCCUGAAUAUAAAGGAACACAGCUUUGAAAUGCAGGAAGAGCUUAUUAAUUGACACAAACUGAAGUUUUAGGGCUUUUUCACUUAUUGAGGGAAGAAGGCUGGGGACCCACACAGGUAGAAUGCAGAAUAUUAUAAUAUGUUUUAAAACAUCACUUGAAAAAAAUUACUGAAUGUGCAUUUUCUUGAUGGAUGUUUUUGUGUGUGCUACAGUAAAUGGUUAUACUGAGGAUGCACAAGUUUGUUUUAAUUUUACGAUUUUCCAUGAGGCUCAAAAACCAAAACCCAAGGAGUAGAAGUCAAGAAGUAGGACAGAGUAGAGUGGUGGAGCGAGAGAGUCAUUCUGGAUCUGAAAAAUGAGAUGAAACAACUUCAUUCUUCCAGUCAAGGGCAAAGCUGUAAAUCUAUUGUAAAGACGAACCAAGCACAGCUGGGAAAGAUGUGGCGUGCCUGAAGUGGCCACUUACAAUGCGUUGCCCCUGCCCUGCUCUCAGCUCCUGCUGUGUGUUCCCUGGCUGAGUGCGCAGCUAUUCUGCAAUUCACAAGUAGACAUCUUGACUGACGGGCUGAGUGUUUUAUCACGUAGGAGCCUGGUUAGAUGGGUUUGUUUCAGCUGUGAAGAGUAGUGGUGAAAAAUGUAUUGUUGAGUCUUCAGCAGUGCUGAGAGGGAGAACAGGGAUUUCCCUUGAUAAGAGGUUGGAAAAGGUUGAGAGCUGCCUUUCACAUUUUUAAAAGUUUCUCUUCAAAUUUUACCCUCAAGUCUGACAUGCGAGGUAGCAGUAUGUAAAAAUGUUGACAGCAAAGUCAAUUCCAGCAUUAGUAAAAAUCUCAUGACUGAAAAAUGUGCUGUGCCAUGUUUGUGUGGAAGGUAUCAUCUUUCAAAUCUGAGAAGUAGGUGGAAAAAGUAUUAUCUUAGCCUGGAGGGGGUCAUGCUGACUUCUCUGUGCUAGUCCCAUCAGGUACCCAGUCUUUGCAAAAUUGUGCAGUGUAUUAACUCUGGAACGGGUUAAAAAAUGGCAAUGUAACAUGCCAAAGUAAUUGACUUUGUAGUUGGAUUUUAGUGGGAGAGGUUGAAGUCUUUUUGGGAAGAUUCUCAAAUUACAGUAGUAAGUUUAACUAGUUCUACAAUCUCUUAAGUCAAUAAAUCACUGAAACAUGGUUGCAAUAAAGCCAAAGAUAUUGUCCCAGAGUGCUGACAGCUGGACUUGUAAUCGCAGGCCCAUAUGCGUCCUCCAUAUUUUCCCCAAUGACUCCAUUCCCAUAACCAGACAAGGCCAAUUCAGUGUGGAUGUAUGCAUUAGCAGCAUGUUCUGGGAAAAGUCUGUUUAAACGCUUUUUCCAGUAGUAUCACAUCAGAUUUGAUCUGAAUAUUUUA